CCGGGGCUCACGCUGUGCUGCCUGCCCGGUGUCUCCUCUGCAGAGCAUCCUCAGCCCUUCUCUCCUGUCCCGCUGGGAGCCCUUUGGAAGGGGACUCCCCACCAGCACCGCCUGGGGCUCCGGUUUGCCCUCGGGAAAAACCCCGGUGCUGAUGGAUUUGCUUCCUGCAUCCCCAUCCCACAGCAGCCUGCUCAGUGCCGUGGCCUCUGGAGUGUGGAGGGCUGGCCAAGCUGCUGUCUGCACUCGGGGGGCCUCGGGGUGUGCUGCGACCCGUGUGACAGCCCGGGGGGACAGGAGCCGGCAUUCUCCGGCUUAACGGGAUAUAUCAGUGCUUGUAGGAGCACAGUGUCGUGCAAGUGCUAAGGCAGAAGGCUGGCAGGGGUUUGUGAUGGAGGAAGGUGCAAUGGAUUUACUGAAAGAACUGAAAAGUAUGCCUAUGACUUUGGAUUUACUGCAGUCCACACGCAUUGGGAUGUCGGUGAAUGCACUGAGGAAACAGAGCACUGAUGAAGAAGUGAUAUCACUUGCCAAAUCCCUCAUCAAAUCUUGGAAGAAACUUCUAGAUGCUUCUGAGGAAAAAAAUGAGGAGAAAAAGAAAAGCCUGUCUUUGCCAACAUCUUCCUCCAGGGAUACUGGUAACUCAAGAGACCAAAGCUCCAACAAAAGGCAGGAGCCUCCAAAGACUCCGACCACCCCCAAAAUCACCACCUUCCCUCCGGCCCCCAUCACCUGCGACGCUGUGCGCAACAAAUGCAGGGAGAUGCUGACUGCAGCUCUGCAGGCUGAUGACGACUACAUCGCCAUCGGUGCUGACUGCGAGCACAUAGCAGCCCAGAUUGAAGAGUGUAUCUACCAGGAUGUCAAGAACACCGACAUGAAAUACAAAAACCGCGUCAGGAGCCGCAUCUCCAACCUGAAGGACUCCAAAAAUCCUGAGCUGAAAAAGAACGUGCUCUGUGGGGCCAUCACCCCCGAGCAGAUCGCAGUGAUGACUUCAGAGGAAAUGGCCAGUAAUGAGCUGAAAGAGAUCAGGAAAGCCAUGACAAAAGAAGCAAUCCGAGAGCAUCAGAUGGCCAAGACAGGAGGGACACAGACUGACCUCUUCACCUGUGGGAAAUGCAAGAAGAAGAACUGCACCUACACCCAGGUGCAGACCCGCAGCUCCGACGAGCCCAUGACCACCUUCGUCGUGUGCAAUGAGUGUGGGAAUCGCUGGAAGUUCUGCUGACAUGUGCCAUGGCCCGAGAGCGGCAGCCAAGCGCAGACCUGAGCGCAGCCUCCACACGCCGGCUCCCACGGCAGUUGUGUUUUGUGUCCCAGUGAGUUUGCAUUGUCACACGCUGAGAGCAGCAGCGGGGAGGCCUGGGCCUCAGAGAGCCACAGCCCUGGGCUGACAGGUUGGCAGGAGAGCUCACUAAACACACCCAGUCAUUACUUCCUCAUCUAAGCGAGUACGGUCACUUUCUCUUCAAAACUAAUAUUAAACAUUUUUGUCAGUUUCUGACUUUUAUUUCAA